CUCUCUCUCAGAGUCCAGCCAUGGCUUCCCACUUCUCUCUCUCCGCCAUCUCUCUCCUCACCCUCCUCUCUCUCCUCCUCACCGCAACCGCCUCGCCGGACACAGCCUCCACAGUCAUCGGCGCCACCUACUCCGCCUCCACCGCCGCAACCUACCCCACCCCUCCCACCCCGGAGCGCGUGGCCUCCGCCGUCUCCUCCCUCGGGCUCUCCUCGCUCCGCCUCGACGUCUCCGACCCCGGCCUCGUCCGCGCCUUCCUCUACUCCAACACCACGCUCCUCCUUACCAUCCCCAACGCGCUGGUCCCGCCACUCGCCUCCAACCGCUCCAACGCCAUGCGGUGGCUCUACGCGCACGUCGUCCCCUUCUUCCCGCGCACCAAGAUCGCGGCCAUCUCCGUCGGCAACGACGUCCUCGAGUCCACGCCGGAGUUCUCACAGUUCCUCCUCCCGGCGAUCCAGAACGUCCACCUGGCGCUACUCGACCUAGGGAUCCGCAAGAUCGCAGUCUCCACCACCUUCUCCUUCGUCAACGUCGUCACGACGCCGUUUCCUCCCUCCGCCGCCCAGUUCCAGGACGCGCCGCUCGAGACGGUGAUCAGGCCUCUGCUUCAGUUCUUGCGCGACACCAACUCCUCCUUCUUCAUCAACGUCUACCCCUACAACCUCUACCGGCUCCGGAGCGAGAUUCCGAUCGGGUUCCCUCUCUUUCAGGAGCACCCGUUCAGUUUCCGAGACGACAUGGCCACCGGCGUGCGCUACCGGAAUCUCUUCGACAUGAUGGUCGACGCCGUCAUCUCCGCCAUGGCCGUCGCCGGACACGAGAACAUUCCGCUGAUCGUGACGGAGACGGGUUGGCCCAGCUCCAGCACCGACCCGAGAGAAGCCGACGCGAACCCGGUUUACGCGGAGCUCUACAUCAAGGGGCUAUUGGGCCAUCUGAGGUCGGGUCGGGGCACGCCGCUCCGAAAAGAAGGGGUGCCUCUGGUUUACAUCUAUGAGCUGAUUGAUAAGCAAGUGAGGCAGGGACGCAACUGGGGAAUUCUUUUUCCGAAUAUGACCAAGAAGUACAAGAGCAUUGACUACAGCUCUGGCUCUGAUAGCGUUCUUGGGGGUUUCGGAUUCUUGAAGAUGGUGGUUGGUCAAUUCUUGGUCUUUGCUUUCCUCUUGCGUGGUAAUGCUGCUAUUUCUCUGCUCUAGCUUCUGUGAUUUAGUUCAGUGCUUGGUUUCAUUGCUCUGAUGAUGCUUAGCUCAGUUUUUGGUAACCUGCAAAUUGGGGAGAACUGAAAGUGUUGGGGCUUUGAUUUUCACUCUGGGUUGCUGCUUUUACUUUGAUUUCUGUAGAGAUUACUUGGUCUCUGUAAGUAGGGUUAUUUUGUACAAGAGAUCAUAUUCUUGGUGAUAUAGUCAAUGGAUCCACUGAUCCUUAAUGUGUUUCAUAUACAUCAAUGAUGUGAAGAGAGAUUUCAGUAGGGUUUGCAGAGAAAUUAAUGUGGAAAAUACUUGCUUUC